AGUUGCUCAUAAUCAUCAUCUUACAUGUCUAUUAAUAUCACUUUCAAGGUUUCGGGUGGCUCUUCGUUUGAGCAGAGCUUCGACCCUGAGACCACCAUUGGUGACGUCAAGAAAGGUUGUGUGGAGAAGUCCGGAGUCCCAGCGGAGCAGCAAAGACUCAUCUACAAGGGUCGGAUUCUGAAGGAUGCUGAUACUGUUGGCCAACACAAGAUCGAGAGCGGCCAUACAAUUCAUCUGGUCAAGGGCGCUGCUCCUGCUGGCAGUAGUCAGCCAACGCCUGCUGCUGCUGCUCCUGCUGCUCCUGCGCCCACACCUGUGGAACCAACUCCAGCAGUAACUCCCACUCCUCCGGUCGCUCCUACAGCACCUAGUAAUGACUAUAUGCAGCAGGCCAUGGCUCAAGCUAUGGCCCAGGGAGCUGGUGGAGGCAUGGGAGCUGGUAUGAACGCUAUGAUGCAAGAUCCUCAAGUCAUGUCACAAAUGAUGCAAAGUCCUAUGGUCCAACAGGCCAUGCAGUCCCUCGCUGAGAAUCCUCAAUUGUUACAGCAGAUGAUGGCCACUAACCCUAUGAUGCAACAGAUGAUGGCUCAGAACCCCCAAAUGGCUGCCAUUAUGUCCAAUCCUGAUCUCCUACGAUUUUUGAUGAACCCACAGACGAUGCAAGCCAUGAUGCAGUUGAACCAAGCUAUGGCUGGCAAUCAGCAGCAACAACAACAAGGAGCACCAGCUCCCGCAGCCCCGGUGCCUACUACUACCACUCCUGCUCAGAGCACGGCACCACCGAAUCCUGCUCCAACUGGCCCAGCGACUUCAGGGCAGCCCGAUUAUGCUUCUAUGAUGCAGGCCAUGCAAAACAACCCGCUUAUGGCUCAGAUGCUGGCUGGUGGUGGAGCUGGAGCUAUUCCCGCGCCUAAUCAUGCUGAGCUGGAGCAGAGAUAUGCUAGCGAGUUGGAGACGUUGCGGUCCAUGGGUUUCGUCGACACGGCGGCUAACCUUGAGGCUUUGCGUGUCUGCGAUGGUAACGUGGAGCUUGCUGUGAACUACCUUUUCGAUAUGGGCGCCGGCAACUAG